AUGUCAACAACGCUGGGCGCCUUCCUCGCUGGUGGCAUCGCCGCCUGCGGUGCCGUCACGGCCACACAUCCUUUCGAGACAGUCAAGAUCCGGAUGCAGCUUCAGGGCGAGCUCCAGGACAAAGGCCAUCAACCACACAAGUACAGAGGACCCCUCCAGGGAGUGUCGGUCAUCGUGCGGAAUGAAGGCGUCAAGGGUAUCUACAGGGGAAUAGGGAGCGCAUACAUCUAUCAGAUCCUGCUCAACGGCUGCCGGCUUGGUUUUUACGAGCCCAUGCGUGGCACCCUGACCAAGCUCGUGUUUGAUGACAGCAAGGUCCAGAGCCUGGGCGUCAAUAUGAUCUGCGGUGCCGGCUCAGGCAUAAUCGGUGCUGCCAUGGGCAGCCCGUUCUUUCUCGUCAAGACAAGACUGCAGAGCUUCUCGCCAUUUCUGCCGUCGGCACUCAGCACAACUACAAGAACGCAUGGAACGGCUUCACUUCCAUCUACAAGGCCGAGGGCGGCCGUGGUCUCUACAGAGGCGUUGGCGCCGCCAUGA